GAGCCGAGUGGAGGCAGCCAGAUUGGGCCUCAGCGGCUAGGACGGCAACAGCCGCGGCUGGGACCUCCGUGGAGGGCACAGCGUCGGUGAACGCUGGGGAACGGUUGCCAGGCAACGGGACGCGAGCGCGGGAGCGCAGGCCCAGUUGGUUGAUGCAGGAGCGCGCAACGCUUUUACCGUCGCCCUGUGCUCAUCCUGGGGAAGGUGGAAAGGGCCAGACAGCGUGCGUCUUUGGACCCUUGCGCCGGAUCCGAGGGGUUGGUGCACGAGGGAUUCUGGUCUACAAUGGCUGAUGAUCAAGAGAAAGAUUUGCAGAAAUUUCUAAAAAAUGUGGAUGAAAUCACCACUUUAAUUCAGGAGAUGAAUUCUGAUGACCCAGUUGUUCAACAGAAAGCUGUCCUCGAGACAGAGAAGAGACUACUGCUCCUGGAGGAACACCAAGAGGAGGACGGGUGCAAGACCACCUUGAACAAGACGACGAUCAGUCCUCCACAAGCUCCUGCAGAGAAUGCAGAUGAAUUAAGCCCAGAGGCCUUCUUGGCAUCUGUGGAGAAGGAUGCGAAGAAGCGAGCCAAGAGAAGAAGGGAAAACAAAGUCUUAGCAGAUGCCCUGAAAGAAGAGGGGAAUGAAGCCUUUGUCAAAGGUGACUAUGAGACGGCAAUCCUGCACUACAGCCAGGGCUUGGAGAAGCUGAAGGACAUGAAAGUGCUGUACACCAACCGAGCCCAGGCUUAUAUAAAACUUGGAGAUUACCAGAAGGCACUGGGGGAUUGUGACUGGGCUCUGAAGUGUGAUGAAAAAUGCACAAAGGCAUAUUUUCACAUGGGAAAAGCUCACCUGGCCCUGAAGAACUAUAGUGCGUCUAGAGAGUGUUACCAGAAGAUCUUAGAAAUAAACCCCAAGCUUCAGACACAGAUGAAAGAGCACCUGAACCAAGUACAUCUUCAGGAGAAGGCAGACCUUCAAGAGCAGGAAGCCCAUGAAUUACUGGAUUCAGGAAAGGACACAGCUGUGACAACCAAAAAACUCCUGGAAUCCCUUUCCAAACCUGACCAGAUGCCCUUGUUCUAUGCAGGGGGGAUGGAGAUCCUGACGGAAAUGAUGAAGGACUGCACAGAGCGAACUUUAUUCAGAAUACACGGUGGAUUCCGCAUCAUCAGUGACAAUGAAGUCAUAAGAAGGUGCUUUUCCAUGACAGGGAAAGAUGUGGUUGAAGAGACGAUCUGUGUGUCUGUUCUGAAGCUCUGGCAAGCAGUGUGCAGUGAGAAUGAUGAAAACCAGCGUCUGCUUAUGAUGCACCCAGAUUGGGCCAGGCUGGUGCCCUCCCUCUUGGCAUCCAGAGUCCUUGCCAUCCAACAGGAGAGCCUGGCACUACUGGUACAGCUUGCCCAGACAGACAAUGGACGGAGCCUGGUCAUCAGCCACCUUGACCUGACCCGAUUAUUGGAAGCCCUGCUGUCAUUUCUUGAUUUCUUAGAUAAGAAGGCCUACACUGCCAUGGGACUGCUCACAGACUUGGCUCUGGAUGAAAGAUUCCAAGUCCGGUUCCAGGCCAACCUUCCAGGUGCUCUUCCGGCACUCAUAGGUGUUCUGAAGAGGGAUCCCAAGGUAACUAAUGCCUCAGCUCUCUGCCAAUGCAUUGCCAUCAUGGGGAACCUCAGUGCUGAGCCUGCCACCCGGAAGCACAUGGCAGCCUGUGAAGACUUUGGGGAUGCCUGCUUGGGAUUCCUGGCCAGGUGUGAGGAGGACCUGGACCUAUUCAGAGAGAUCACAUACACACUCUUGGGACUCAUCAUGAACCUGUGUCUUCAGGUCCCAUUUGUCUCAGAGGUUUGGGCUAUGGAGGUGAGCAGAAGGUGCCUGACUCUACUGAAUUGCCAGGAUGGAGGAAUCCUAACAAGAGCUGCUGGUGUUCUAAGCCGGACCCUUUCUUCCUCUCUGAACAUCAUCGAGGAGGCUGUGAGAACAGGAGUGGUGAAGAAAAUGAUUAAAUUCCUGAAGACAGGAGGCCAGACUGCAUCACAUCAUGCUAUAAAGACACUGGCUAUCUGCACAAAUAGUUAUCACGAAGCGCGGAAAGAAGUGAUAAGACUCGAUAAAAAGUUCAGCAUUCUGAUGAAGCUGCUCAGCUCGGACGACGAGAUUCUGGUGGGCAAUGCUGCCCUCUGCCUUGGCAACUGCAUGGAGGUACCCAAGGUUGCGUCUUCUCUGCUGAAGACAGACCUGGUGCUGGUCCUAUUAAAGCUGGCUGGUAGCGACUCGCAGAAUUCAGCGGUGCAGCUGAAUGCAGGCAUUGCUCUGGGGAAGCUGUGUACAGCUGAGCCCAGGUUUACUGCUCAACUGAGAGAGCUUCAUGGGAUGGAAAUUCUCAACUCUACAGUGAAAUACAUCCAGGAUUCUUGAGAGAGGUGGUGUCUGUGCUAUUUUGUAAACACACACCAUAUGUUCUGGGGUGAUGAUAUGCUAAUAAAGUUCUCUUAGAUAUCCACUCUAGAACUGAA